AUGGAGGGGCUGCUGGCUGAGGACGCUGAGGCCUCGAAGGAUGAGGUGGUUCCCACCUUUACGGGGGAGCACCUGCGCAUCUGCCCCCAGGACUACACGUGCUGCGCCAGCCGGACCGAGGAGCAGCUCAGCCAGCGCAGCGGCGCCGACCUCCGGGCGCUCGUGGCCGAGGCGGCCGCCUUCCUGCUCAGCACCCUCAGCUCCCGCCAGCACCGCUUCCAGGAUUUCUUCCGGGAGCUCCUGGCGGGGGCUGAGCGCUCGCUGCAGAACAUGUUCACCCGUUCCUACGGGCACCUUUACGCCCAGCACGCCCGCCUCUUCCAGGGCCUCUUUGUGGAGCUCCGACGCCACCUGCAGGGGGCUCAGCCUGGCUUGGACGAGGCCUUGGGCGACUUCUGGGCCCGACUGCUGGAACGGAUGGUGCCCCUCCUCAACCCCCAGUACAGCUUCCCAGCAGGGUACCUGGAGUGUGUGGGGCGCCAGGCGGAUGGACUGCGGGCCUUUGGCGACAGCCCUCGCCAGCUCCGCAUGCAGGUGACCCGGGCGUUCAUUGCUGCUCGCGCCUUGGUGCAGGGCCUGGCGACUGGACGAGAAGUUGUUGCCCAGGCAGUCCAGCUGUCUCCCACGAGGGAAUGUCGCCGGGCACACAUGCGCCUCUCCUACUGCCCGCUGUGCCGUGGUACCCCCACCCUCAAGCCCUGCAGUGGCUUCUGCCUCAACGUCAUGAAGGGCUGCCUGGCUAGCACCACCGAGAUGGACCCCGAGUGGGAACGCUACCUUGAUGCGAUGACCCAGCUGGCGGAACGCCUUGGAGGACCCUUCAACUUUGAGCUGGCCGCUGACUCCAUUGGCGUGAAAAUAUCAGAGGGCAUCAUGUAUCUGCAGGAGCACGGUGUACAGACAUCAGCCAAGGUCUUCCAGAGCUGUGGUAGCCCCCGCCCAACCCCCGCCCGCUCCCGACGUGCCCCCCGUGAAGAGACCAAGCGACGGUUCCGCACCUACUCCCCUGAGGAGAAGCCCACCACUGCGGCAGGAACCAACCUGGAUCGGCUGAUCUCAGACGUGAAGGAGAAACUCCGCCUCAUGCGCCGCUUCUGGGUGAUGCUGCCACACACCCUCUGCAGUGACGAGAAGGUGGCGGCAGAUGUGACCAAUGAAGACCUGUGCUGGAACGGGCAGGCUCGGGGCAGGUAUCUCCCAGAUGUGACAGGCGAUGGGUUGGUGAACCAGAUCAACAAUCCGGAGGUGGAGGUGGACAUUUCGCAGCCUGACCUACCCACCCGGCAGCAUCUCCUGGCCCUGCGCAGUGCCACCUCUCACCUGGUAGGGGCCUGCAAUGGGCAAGACGUGGACUUCCAAGAUGCAGAUGAGGACGGGGGCAGUGGGUCGGGUGCAGGCUACCAUGAAGAUCGACCAGCCCCAGGGGCAGGGAGAGGGGUUGUGGGGGGAGUCUCGUCGGGCUCACACCCUCCUGCUGACACCCACUCUCCCCAUUCCGGAAAGGGCUCCUCUUCCUCAUCCCAGCACAGCCAGAGCAGUGGGGCCCGGCCCACGCCCCCCUCUGAGGAUGCUUUGCCUGCUCGGGCCGCCCUGGCCCUCCUGUGUCUGCUGGCCCUCCUGGGUGGAUGGUGA